AUGGGCGUCUCAGGUCUUCUCCCGCUUCUCAAAUCCAUCCACAGGCCAACCGAGUUGAAGAAGUUCGCCGGCGAGACGCUCGGCGUCGACGCCUACGGAUGGCUUCAUCGCGGAGCCAUUGCCUGUGCGGUUGACCUGGCCAAAGGCAACCCCACCCGCAAGUAUGUCGACUUCGCCAUGCACAGGGUGAGGAUGCUCAAGCAUUUUGGCGUCACACCAUAUCUGGUCUUCGACGGCGACUUUUUGCCCAGCAAAGCCGCUACCGAGGGAUCCCGUGCCAAACGCCGCGAAGAGAGUAAAAAAUCGGCCAUUGAGCUCCUGAAGGCGGGCAAGCCGUCCCAAGCAGCCCUCGAGUUUCAGAAGGCCAUCGACGUCACACCGGAGAUGGCUCGCAAUCUCAUCGACGAAUUGAAAAAGAUACAAGUCCCGUACGUCGUUGCACCGUACGAAGCCGACUCUCAGCUCGUCUACCUCGAACGCCAAGGCCUGAUCGGCGGCAUUCUCUCGGAGGACUCGGAUCUGUUGGUGUUUGGUUGCAAGCGCCUCUUGACGAAGCUCGAUCAGUACGGAAACUGCAUCGAGAUCAACCGGAGGGACUUUUGCGCAGUUCGGGAGGUUUCUCUGACGGGCUGGACGGACGCCGACUUCCGCCACAUGGCUAUCCUCAGCGGCUGUGAUUACCUCGAGGGUAUCAGCAACAUGGGUCUUAAGACGGCGUACCGGAUGAUUCGCAAAUACAAGACGCCCGAACGAUUGGUUCGGAUGAUCCAGUUCGAAGGGAAACAUCGCGUUUCGGAGAACUACAUGGUGCGGUUCGCCCAGGCCGAGCUGACAUUUCUCCACCAGAGAGUCUACUGCCCGAAGAGGAAGCAAUUGGUCUGCCUGACGGAACCCGAGGAGGGCAAGGGUGUCGAGGACAUGCCGUUCAUCGGUGGAUAUGUCGAACCCGAGUUGGCCACGGCUAUUGCGGUCGGAGACGUUAACCCGAUUACGAAGGAGAUGAUUAUCCCUGCGCCCAUGCCAGGCUCGAAGACGGAUGCCAAGAGGAGACAUUCUCAGUCUGCUGAGGCUCUGGCGGCUGCAACGUCUUCCUCUUCAACUCGCACGCGGCAGCCCACAAAGCCCAUCGAUUCGUACUUCAAGGGUCAUCAGCGCAUCCCAAUGGGCGAGAUGGACCGCAACUGCUUUUCUGUCGAUCCAGAAAGACUUGCCGCCCUCACCCACAACGGCCUCGUUCCUCGGGUCUUUCCACUGCCCAGACCAUAUGUCGAAGGCGCAUCGUCUCAGCCAGUCGCCAGCUCUCGUCCCACACGAACCGCCCGUUCCACCACCUCUCCUCGCCUGAUACGACGACGGACCGAACCCAUUCAGGACCUCCUAGAACAGAAUGCCCCUGGGAGCUCUGACGAGUCCCGUCGAAUUACCAUGGGUGAUGCGGCAAACACAUUGGGUGACAUCGAUGCUCUGAUGAGAAGCAGCUCCCAACGGCCACCCAAGAAGGUCCGUCUCUGUGCGGACAACGAUGUAACCGAAACCAAAUUUGAGGAAUCCCAAAAAAGCAAGUUCUUCCCCAAGAGUGGAAGCAUCAACAAGAGCAAGAAGGAUAGUUUUCUCUUCUCUGAUGACUCUAUCGACGAGGCGCUCCUCAACCUCCCGGACAUUGACGGAUGGCACGCCCCCAAGCCGAAAUCAGUCGCGGUAUUCGAAGAGAGCCAGAGCACAGAUACGGGCACGGAAGCGACCGCCGGUACCGAUAGCCAAUUCAGCAAGGGGGAGGAAACAGCAUCGACGCCGCAGACCGACCUAUCCGAGGCGGAGGAUACCGAGCUGAAGGAGUCCACGUCCCUUCUCCCGGAGAAGACAUCGCGACGCACAUCUUUGCAACGAUUCGCCUUCAACUCUCAGGCGAGCCCUGCCACCUCCAGUCAACCUGAUACGCCUUCGACCACCGUCUCCCAGCACUCCUCUAUCUUUACGCCUUCGACCGCCGCCCCCUCCACUGCAGCAUCGUCCAUCACCUUCUCUGCUGGCAUGCCUGCAUCUGCUGCCUCCUCCCAAGCGACUCCGCUCCUCACUCCGCUCCAGCGUAUGGGAGCCCGUGCCAUGCAACGCAAGAACGUGCCUGCCCGUCGGCCUCUGUCUCCCACUAAGAGUUCGAUUCAGCGGAGCCCCAAGCGCAGCCCCCGGAAGAGCCGGCUUCUCAAGUCGAUUCCCGUCAAUCCUUCAUUCGUUCCCCUGCCCAAGGUCGAUCUGGCCGAGGUCGAGGCUCUCAACGCGCCGUGCGGAAGCGAAGAUCAGAUCAUUCACGAUAGUGACGGCGAGAAUGAAGACGACAUCUUCGCACAGGACCUCGGCGAGACGGAUGAGGACUUGCGACCCAAGGCUCUAAACCUUUCUCGGUUCGUGUACAACUGA